AUGUCUGACGCUGAAAUCCGACGACUGCAGCAGGAGCGCGCCUCCACCAGGGCCAACCCGACCAAGCAAUCGCUCACCGACAAUGCCGAUACUGACCUCUACGGAAAUGGCACUGUCGACAAAUAUGCCGGAUACAACACGUCGAUCGCCGUCGUCGAGGAUGACGAUAUGGACGAUGCUGAUGGCGAGGACCAGAGCAGAAGGCUUGUCGGCCAGUACACUGCCACCACCGAACAAAUGAACGAGUACGCCAAUGGAGAAGCCGAUAUUCUCGUCGACCGCGAGAAGCAAGCCCAAAUCGCCAGCCGUGAGUCAGACUACCAGAAACGCCGCUUCAACCGCCAACUCAGUCCCGAUGGUCAAAGCUACAAGGAGGUGAUGAAGCAGCGUGAGAUCGAGCGCGAGGAAGAGCGGGUACACAAGCUUAUUGAAGAGAAGCAGGCCCAGGGAGGGGAUGGCAUGGAUGAUGUUGUUGUUGAGCACAAACCCACGCUGAAGGCCGAAGAAGAAUCGAUAGAAGUCGCCGCUCCUCGCAAGCGCAAGCAACGAUGGGACAGCGCGACUGAGGAUGCUGCUACAAACGGCGCUGUCGCUAAGACCGAAGACGCUCCCGAAAGCAAGCGCUCACGAUGGGAUUCUACCCCUGCACCUGCAGCUCAGGCCGAGCCAAGAAAGCGCUCUCGUUUUGACAUGGCUCCUUCCCUGACUGCUGCCACUCCGGUUGGUGGUAACGCAGGUCUCGCUACUCCGAUGCACCCUUCUCAGACCCCCGCAGCUGGAGCCGGAUAUGGUACCGACAUCUCUGGCAGAAAUGCUCCGCUCUCUGAUGAGGAGCUCGACCUGAUGCUGCCUGGCGAGAAGGAUGGCUAUCGUGUUCUGGCAUUCCCUCCUGGAUAUGAGCCUACGCGAGUACCAGCACACAGGGUUCCUAGCACUCCCGCUUCGCUACAAGGCGGUUUCAUGAUGCAGCAACCUGUCGACCCUAGAUCACUGGGUAAGGAUCUACCGAGCGAGCUGCCUGGAGUUGGAGAGCUUCGUCUAAAGCCCGAGGAUAUGACAUACUUCGGAAAGCUCGUCGAUGGGGCUGAUGAAAAUGAAAUGACUGUUGACGAGCUCAAAGAGCGCAAGAUCAUGCGUCUGCUGAUCAAAGUCAAGAACGGAACCCCGCCUAUGCGUAAGACUGCGCUUCGCCAACUUACCGACAACGCUCGUUCGUUCGGUGCCGGCCCACUCUUUGACCAGAUCCUUCCCCUGCUCAUGGAAAAGACACUUGAAGACCAAGAGCGCCAUUUGCUCGUCAAGGUCAUUGACCGCAUCCUGUACAAGCUCGACGACUUGGUCAGGCCUUACACCCACAAGAUCUUGGUUGUUAUAGAGCCAUUGCUGAUUGAUCAAGAUUACUACGCCCGUGUCGAAGGUCGUGAAAUCAUCUCUAACCUUGCAAAAGCCGCUGGUCUUGCACAUAUGAUUUCUACCAUGCGUCCAGAUAUUGACCAUGCAGACGAAUAUGUCAGAAACACAACCGCCCGUGCUUUCGCAGUCGUCGCUAGCGCUCUCGGCAUCCCUGCACUUCUUCCCUUCUUGCGUGCUGUCUGCAAGAGUAAGAAGUCAUGGCAAGCCAGACACACCGGUGUCAAGAUUGUGCAACAAAUCCCUAUCUUGAUGGGUUGUGCUGUCUUGCCUCAUCUCAAGGGAUUGGUCGACUGCAUAGGAGACAACUUGAACGACGAACAGACGAAGGUUCGCACUGUAACUGCCCUGGCUAUCGCCGCUCUUGCCGAGGCUGCCAACCCAUACGGUAUUGAGAGCUUCGACGACAUUCUGAACCCUCUUUGGACCGGGGCUCGUAAGCAGCGAGGCAAAGGUCUUGCUGGUUUCCUCAAAGCUGUCGGUUACGUCGUACCUCUGAUGGACGAAGAGUUCGCCAAUUACUACGUCAGCCAAAUUAUGGAGAUUCUGCUUCGUGAAUUCUCGUCGCCCGACGAAGAGAUGAAGAAGGUGGUCCUGAAGGUCUUGUCACAAUGCGCCAACACAAACGGUGUGACUGCUGCUUACUUGAAGGAGACUGUUCUUGACGAUUUCUUCAAGAGUUUCUGGGUGCGAAGAAUGGCAUUGGACAGACGUAACUACGUCCAGGUCGUCGAAACUACAGGCGAUCUUGGCCGCAAAGUCGGCUGUGGCGAGAUUGUGGAAAGAGUUGUCGACAACCUGAAGGACGAGAGCGAAGCUUACCGAAAGAUGACAAUGGAGACUAUCGAAAAGUCCAUUGCCAGCUUGGGUGCUGCUGAUAUUAACGAGCGCCUUGAGGAGCGAUUGGUCGAUGGUAUUCUGACCGCCUUCCAAGAACAGACAGUGGAGGAUGUGACCAUCUUGAACGGAUUCGGCACAGUGGUCAAUGCCCUCGACACUCGAUGCACACCAUAUCUGCCGCAGAUUGCCAGUACGAUUCUCUUCCGUCUGAGCAAUAAGUCAGCUACCGUCAGACAACAAGCCGCGGACUUAGUUUCACGAAUUGCUAUUGUUAUGAAGCACUGCGGACAGGACAAUCUUUUGGGCACGAUCAGCAUCAACCUGUACGAGAACCUUGGUGAAGAAUAUCCCGAGGUUCUCGGUUCAGUGCUUGGUGCUUUGCGCUCUAUCGUCACAGUUAUUGGUAUCAGUCAAGUGCAGCCACCAAUCAAGGAUCUGCUGCCACGCUUGACACCCAUCCUUCGUAAUCGUCACGAGAAAGUUCAGGAAAACACCAUCGAUCUGGUUGGUCGUAUCGCAGAUCGUGGUCCUGAGAGUGUCAACCCUCGAGAAUGGAUGCGCAUCUGUUUCGAGCUACUUGACAUGCUCAAAGCACACAAGAAGGGUAUCAGACGAGCAGCCAACAACACAUUCGGCUUCAUCGCCAAGGCCAUCGGUCCACAAGAUGUUUUGGCAACCCUGCUGAACAACUUGCGAGUGCAGGAGCGUCAAUCGCGUGUUUGUACUGCCGUUGCUAUUGGCAUUGUCGCGGAAACUUGCGCACCUUUCACCGUCUUGCCAGCUUUGAUGAACGAAUACCGGGUACCCGAACUCAACGUGCAGAACGGUGUUCUGAAGUCGCUGUCCUUCCUGUUCGAGUAUAUCGGCGAGAUGGCCAAGGACUACGUCUAUGCUGUAACACCACUUCUUGAGGAUGCACUUAUUGACCGUGACCAAGUUCAUCGUCAAACAGCAGCCUCGGUCGUCAAGCACGUUGCUCUGGGUGUUGUGGGUCUUGGUUGCGAAGAUGCCAUGCUUCACUUGCUCAACCUACUUUACCCCAACAUCUUUGAGACAUCUCCACACGUCAUCGACCGUAUGAUUGAGGCCAUCGACGCUGUGCGUGUCGCAGUCGGUACUGGUGUUGUGAUGAACUACGUCUGGGCUGGUCUCUUCCACCCGGCACGAAAGGUCAGAACACCAUACUGGAGACUUUACAACGAUGCCUACGUGCACGCUGCCGACGCUAUGGUGCCUUACUACCCUAAUCUCGAUGACGAGACUUGUGACAGAUUUGAGUUGAUGGCAAUCUUCUAG